AUGUCGCUUUCUAGACACGUAAAAAAGUGCUGCAACUUUGUCUUGGGAACAUCAAUUCCAGUGCUGGCUCUUUGUUAUGCAGAUUCAAGUUUGAGAACAGCAAUCGCCAAGCUUGCUGAGCAACGCGAAUUGCAACUUUUAUACACUCAAAAUUUUGAAAAAGCUCUUUCAGAUGGUCAAACUAGUUCAUGUUGCGUUUUUGAUGCCAUAGCCAGUGAAAUUGAGGAACAGCUUCCUUUAAACUCAAUUGUCCAAAACCUCAGGAAUUCUCGCUCCAGUGACCAAAAUGGGGAAGAGAAGCUCUCAUUGUGGAAUGAGCUAAAGUUUCAAUCCAUUGUGCGACUUUUGACGACUUUAUGUGUGAUAGCAGAAUGCAAUACCCUGACCAAGACUUCUUUAACAAUCUUGGGACGCAAAAACUUUUGUCUACAUGCUUCCAAAAAAUACGGUGCGACUUUUCAUGAUACAUUCAAAAAAGAGUCGGUAGAAGAUCCUGCUAUUCUCAUAGGGAUCGUCUACGUACUGGUAAAAAAACAACUACCCUUUCUGAUUGAACGUGUUUCUUCUUCUGUUCAUAAACUCUUUGAAAGUACUUCUCCUACAGACAUAAUGAAAGCAGAUGAUAUUUUUGCAUUAUUAGAAGGGGCUGUUAGUGAUUUAUCUCUAAAUUACGCAUUUAUAUUUUCUCAAGAUCGUGAAGGAAUCCUUACUGAAAUGUCAGAAAAGUAUGCUGUCACGGGAGGUCUCUCCAAAUUGUUGGAUGAACUCGAAGAUUUUGUGACAGAAACAGAUGCAAAAAUCAUCAUUUCAAAUCAAACAGAACUGUUGUUAUUCCAUUUAAAGACUUUUCUUCCUUCUAGCUCGGAAGAGGGCAUUAGAUUGGCCAAAAUGUUAAGCUUUUUCACGAAGUUUAGUAGCACAAUCACUGAACUGCCUAUUAGAGAAAGUUUUUUUGAAUCUAUUUCUCAUGAAUCUGAGGCAAAAACAUUUACAUCAAUUGUCUAUUCGAGUUUUGACCAGGAGCUUUUAGCUACUAAAGAUUCUACUGUAUAA